CAUGAGCGCUAUUGCAAGUAGACAUCGUCAACUGUUGGAUGACGUGAAGCGUAACAUCGCUGUCUUGGAAGACUCAAUAAGUCAUAUUGUAGAUACUAAAAGAAAUCUCAAGACCAGUGCGUUGGAGGUCAAAGGUCAAAUCCAUAGCUGCAUUAGUCGUCAGCUGGAGGCAUUAAGAAAUCGAGAGGUGUGGUUAUUAAACCAGGUUGAGACAAUACAGCAUGCCAAGGAAGAUGCAUUGCGCUUACAGCUAGGAAAGUUGAACCAAACUUUGGGAUCAUUCAAGAAUUGUGCAGCGUAUACAAAAUUAUACUUGGAUGGCCUAAGUGAUGAAGUGGAUCCAAAAGUGAUUGAAACUCAACUUAUGGAAAACCUGAAUAGCUUAGCGCAUCUGAAGCUGACACCGAAAGAGAAUGCCAGUAUCUGCUUCCGAGCUAAUCGAGGCAAGCUAAGGGAGAUGAUACACGACUUUGGUCGAGUAGAUAGUCGCAGUAUUAGCGUCAAUCAAGAGCGAGCAUUCACCGAUCCGACCUUUCCCAGUACAAGUCUUCCAUCUCCAUUUGAAGAUUAUGAAGAUCUGGAUCACCAUGUCUUGUAUAAAACGCUAGCUGAAUUGAAAGAGCAGAAACAGAAGGUUACUUUUCCAGAAGUAUCUGAAGAACACGACGACUGGUUGAUCAAAGUGCCGACAAACACCCCUGCUGAGACCAUUCCUAGUAUUGUAUUCCCGACCUUCAAAGAUGCUACUCCGACCACAUCAUCAGUUGGAAUGACGGCCAAGAAGAAAACUGAUGAGGUUGAGAAGUGGCUGCAUCAUGUUCCAACUGGUUACCAUGGCACCCCUUCAACAAUGGAAGACGAUUUUAGCAUCAUGGAUCAGAGUAGGAGCGUCAGUGACAUUAUCUCAGCCAGCGUCAUCGAAGACAAAGACGAAACUUUCUUCGAUAUGUCUCCGUACUUCAAGUACAUAUCUAAUUCGCCAAAUGAUGAAUGGUUAUUGAAUUCUGAUAGAAUUAAAGCAACAUACAACUAUGGCAAGGACUAUCCCUAUGCAACUAUGAAAUACUUCAGAGAGAUCUCAAAGGACACCAAAGACUGGUUGAUGGAGUAUGAAGCCCAGAAGGACGACUCAAUAAGAUGUGAGAAAAUGAACUGUGAAAGUGGCGAACAUUGUGCAGCUCUGAAUCAAACUAAACAGGACAUUGAGAGUCUAGGGAAUAUUUCCUGUAUCAGCCAAGUAAUGGGAAGAUACUUCAAAGAAAUACCCUCCGAUCCCAAGAUGUGGCUGGCCGACCAGCUAGAAAACAGUUGUGUAGCUAACGAGAAAUGUGACCACCCCUCCCAGUGUGUCAGUGACACUCAUUGUUUAGGUACUGAGUUCAACCAAUCAGACACUAGCUACAAUCCUAUUUUAGACUGGUAUAAAACUGCAUCUAAUGAGGUUUCUGAUUGGUUGUUGCCAAAUAGUAAUGCAGCUAUGCAUGACACUGCAAAUUCUCCAAUUUUGGAGUAUUUUCGGAUGAUAUCAGCUAGCGACAUUUCUGAUUGGUUGCAUGUGCCUAGUGUCUCCUCGACUAAUCAGCUUAACCUGAUCAAGUCACCUUUUGAAGAGUAUUUACAAUCUGUUCCGCAGAAUAUUAGUUUUUGGUUGUCUGAGUGCCACAGAAAAAAUUCUAAAAGUGGACCAGCAUCUUUUAAAUUUGAUUGGGACAGCUUUCAUUCAGAUUGCAAUCAGUGGGUGAAGCCUUCCUUAAUUCAAGGUGUGACCACCCAAGCUGCUUCAAAUAAAAAAGAAAAUGAUGUAUUAUGGGAAAAGCUGGGAGCGUUCCAUCGUGAAAUGAACCAAUCUGAUUGGUUGCUAGAGCAGGAUGAUGAGAAAAUGGACAAGUGUGUUGAGUUUGUAGAUUCUGAUUUUUCAGAAACAUUUCCCCCAGGUGAUUGUGAUCUAAACAAAUGGCUUUUAAUCGACCCCACAAUGGAGAUAGCAGAGGAAUGCGAAACAUUGAGCAUUUGUGGUAGAACUGUGGAAAUUGAUAUGCCACCACAGUCGCAGAAUACGUUUCCUUGUUUUAAUCAAGAAAUCAAGUCUCACAUGUGGCUUUUAAACUAUACAAAGUAAAAAUAUAGUUUUACUAACAUUUGCCAAACAUUUUGUAUUCGUUCUUUCACACAGGCAUUCACCCGAGUGUAGAAAAAAAAUACCAUAUGCUUUGCAAAGUUUAAGUUUUGAGACUAUCGUAAUGUUGCAUUGGCUUAAUUUCUUCUUUGCUGCAACUUUGCUAAUUUUCAAUUGUAAUUGUAAUUUUCAACUAGAUCUUUGCAGUACUGCGUAACAUACUGCUAUUGGGUAUAUUUUUUACUGCAGUUACUGUCCCUUUAAAGUUUAUCAAACGGAGUAUUGUACGCUAUACUAAAUACUAAGCUAAUCCAUGAGAGCUGUCAAUAGUUAUAUCCAAAUUAUUUACAGGGACAUCACGUUUUUGAAAUCUGAACAUUACUUGGAUUUGUUGUUCUCAUAUAACAUGUAUUAUGCAGACUUGUCACUGCUGUAAACUGUACAACUCUUUGAGCACCAAAGUGAACUUUUUUUUGAAAAUUGUUAUCAAUAUCUGUAGCCAUAGAAAAUUAUUUCUAUCUGGUCAAACAUUAUCCAAAAAAAUGUAUAGAUAAAUGCAUGAAAAAAACGAGCAAAAUUUUGCAACAAAAAUUUGGUUGGAAAAUUAUGGUGCUCAAUAAGUUAAUUUUUGUCAAAUCAAUAAAGAUGAUUUGAUAGUUUGAGGGCAUUUGUCAGGAUGGGAUUUCAUGAAAGUCACUGUGACUCCCUAGGACCCUAGUGAAAGCCACCGACUCCCUAGGACCCCAGUGAAAGUCACCGACUCCCCUAGAACCAUUGUGACUCUAUAUUAUCUAAGUGAAAGUCACUGCCUUAAAAAUCCCAAAUUAAAUGUUCACUACAAGAUAUGGCUCCUGACUUUCUGCUCAUGUGCAAAGAAACAGUUUACAGUAGACAUCAAUUGAAGUUUGCUGAGUAAACAGAAGUAAAGUCUUUUAUUUUAUUGAGAUACUUGAGAAAUCCAUGAGGUGCCGUCCCCUGACCCAAUAUAAACACCAUCAAAUGUUGAGAUUGUGGAUGAGUAAUGAGAAAUAAGCAACAGAAUAUGAAUUAAGUCUAAAGAUACUUUGUUUUUUCUUCUUGAAGAUCAAUUACAUUGCAAAGUUUUUUUUAAAGAAUAAGAGCAUCCAGUGCUCUUAAAAAUGAAUUGUGUGGCAAGGUCGGGGAAGAUUGUCUAACUUUAAUGUUUGCAAAAACAUCAUUUUUUAAUCAUUUUAUGUUUUUAAGCUUGUUCUAGAACUGUUCACAUAUUUGCGAAGUGUGAAGGCAACUUUAAGUAUAGCUUUCCCUCGCUUACCGUAUACAAAAUAACAUCGUUUUUAAGGAAUGUUAUCUGAAUUAUGCUAUUGUAUUUGAAGGAUAAUUUGUAAUUACAUGCACACAUUCAUUCAAAUUAUGAUGUAUUUUCUAUAGGAUUUACUGGUGGGAAUAACAUUAGGAAUCACUAGAUCAGCUUGGAUAUUUGGUACAUAGAUCAGGGGAACAGUGGAUUGUGAUGUUAAGGGAGAUUGGAGCACUAUUUGAUUGACAAAAGCAAAUAUUGUUGCUCUUGGCAGCCAUUUGCUGCAUGAAAGGUUAUUUAUUUACAAGUUAUGGUUUGGGAAUCUUUUUGU